AGGCGGUCGGGCCGGACGGCGGGGCGGAUCGACGUGUACUUUGUGAGUCCUGAAGGAAACAAGAUAAGAUCGAAAAGCGCCCUUGUGAAGUAUUUUCUGAAAACUGGGGAGAUGACGCUAAAAGCAGAAGAUUUUGAUUUUACAGCUCCUUACCAGAGGAAUACCCAUUCGAGGGUGAAAAGACAUAGCGCAAAAGCUGCGAGAACUGUUUUAGAGAAUGGGGGUUGCCACAAUCAAGUGCAAGAAAUCAGUAUACAGAACGGUGCAGAGGGUAGAAUUCAGAACAUUCAGACUGGCAGUGAACACCUGGAAGAUGUUACAUCCGCUCUGGAAAGUGAAAAUUUGAUCAUGAAAGGCAUAAACCCAGAGGGCUGUUUGAAAACGAAAAAAAAGGGGGCAGGUAGAAAAAGUGUUCAGAAUAAGAAAACUGGAAAGAGCUCAGAAAAGAGGAAUCGAGAUAAUACCCAAAACAAAAGACAGAGAAGAGUAUGUAAUAAACAGGAAACUGAGUGUGUUCAAAACAAGAAAUUCUGUAGAAAGAAUAACAUGCGUGUUGCCGAUGGUCAGGGCGUAGAUGAUCUGAAUACAGACCCUAUGGAUGCAGGAAAAGCUCUAUUAAGAAUGACCAGGUCACAGUCAGACAUGCAGCUACGGUCAGUGACACCUCCCUCGCAAAGAGAGUUGCAGAGCUUAGCAGAGGAGGAACGGGUGGAGACAGGUUCCAAUGACGCAUCUUUUGCGACAUCUGAGAAGAAAACCAAUGGAUUGAAAAUUUUUAAAGAGACAGAUCGAGGGAAUCGGCGUAACCAGGAUUUUAAAUCUGACACUGAAACAGAUGCUAUAGUCUUGCAGCCAUGUGACAAGACAAGCUUCACAGCAGUUAAAAUCCCACCAGGUAUAUGUGUGUUUUUGAGCAGAUAUUAUUUCUUUACAGAAGAGUCCAUCUCACAAACACAAGUGGAUAGAAGGAAAACUAGUCCAUAUUUUUCGAGUAAAUACAGUAAAGAAGCUCCCAGCCCACCUAGAAGGAAGGCCUUCAGAAAAUGGACUCCUCCGCGUUCUCCUUUUAAUCUGGUCCAAGAAACGCUUUUUCAUGAUCCGUGGAAGCUUCUCAUUGCAACCAUAUUUCUCAAUAAAACUUCAGGUAAAAUGGCAAUUCCUGUGCUCUGGGAGUUCUUUAAGAAGUAUCCUUCUCCUGAAGUAACCAGGAUUGCAGACUGGAAAGAAAUGUCAGAGUUGCUCAAACCUCUCGGCCUCUACGAACUCAGAGCAAAAACUAUCAUCAAGUUCUCAGAUGAGUACCUGAGCAAGCGGUGGAAGUACCCCAUUGAGCUGCACGGGAUCGGCAAGUAUGGGAACGACUCCUACAGAAUCUUCUGUGUCAACGAAUGGAAGGAGGUGCAGCCGCAGGACCACAAGUUAAACGUGUACCACGCGUGGCUCUGGGAGAACCGGGAGAGGCUGAGCAUAGACUGA